AUGACAAGAAAGAAAGUCAAGCUUCAAUACAUUGUAAAUGAAACUGCCAGAAAAGCCACCUUCAAAAAAAGGAAGAAGGGGUUGAUGAAGAAGGUGAAUGAGCUGAGCACCUUGUGUGGCAUCGAGGCGUGUGCCAUCAUUUUCAGCGAGUAUGAUUCUGAGCCGGAGGUGUGGCCCUCGCCCCUGGGGGUCCAGCGCGUGCUUUCAAGGUUCGCGAGGAUGCCGGAGAUGGAGCAGAACAAGAAGAUGAUGAGCCAGGAGAGCUACAUUCGCCACAGGAUCGCGAAAGCCGAGGACCAGCUGAGGAAGCUACAGAAGGAGAAUCGCCACAAGGAGAUGACCUAUGUCAUGUACCGGUUCCUAGCCGGAGAUGCACCGCGGAAUCUGAGCAUGGUGGACUUGAACGACGUGGGCUGGUUGCUUGAUCAGAAUAUCAAAGAUAUUCAAGCCAAGAUUGAGGCUGUUAAGAGAGAACAAAAUGCGUCCCAUGGAAGGACGGCUGUGGUGAAUGAGGCGACGACCAGGACGAGCAGAGACGAUGAUCAGAGUGGUGUUGCAGAAGGGAUGAGUGUGGCUGCAGCUGCAGAUUGGAGCAUGAUGACUCCUGUGCAGGACUAUCAGUGGUACAUGGAUCUGCUGAGGCCUGAUGUGCACUCUGGUGUGGAUGAAACUUUGCUCCCAAUUGCUCCCAACAAUACUUGUCUGGGGCCUAAUUACUCCAUGUUUCCUUGA